AUGUUUAUUAAUGAGGUGAAGAUUUAUGCACUCUUCCUUCAAGGUGAUGAUGAUGCAGCUGACAUGGUGGAUCGGGAGUUCAUUGAUAAUUUGUUGCAAGAGAAGGAUGCCGUGCACGAAGUUGUGAAUUUGGUGGAGGAAAACUUAAAGAGUCUGGAUGCAAAGCUGAAAAGUCUGAGGUCGGGGCCAUCUCUCUUAGAAUUGAGGGAAAAAGAGAAGAGUUUUCUGGAAGAAGAUUUGGGAAACUUCCAGAACUCGGGAAAACUACCCAAUUUUGAAAUAGUAACAGAGAACUCGAAUCCAACUCACCUUCUUCUUCUUCUUCAUCUGUUAAGUUCAUGUGAUGAUGGCAGCGGAAGGAUUCUGUUGGUGAUCAGGAUUCAGACGACGAAGACGGCGAAAGAUUCAAGUCUCUUGCAUACACAUACGCAAUCUUACGAGUAUUCACACGGAGUAGAAUUCAUGAAGAAAGAAAUAGCAGUGAAUGCCGAUCAUUAUCGUCAUCAAACUACCGGUCUAGUGAGUUACCGAUCUGCGCCGAGCUCGUUCUUCGCGGAUCUCAUGGAUGAAGGCAACGGAUGUGAAGAUUUAUUUAGUGCCGAUGAAACUGCAUCGAUGAUCGCCAGUUUCAUGGACUCGACCGGCUCUCUCAGCGAGUCAGGUUCUGGUGAUUUUCUGUUUGAGGCGAAGGUGAAGCCGGAAGAGGCGGAUGAGUGUCCAUUGGUAGUGGAGAACGGGCAUUUAAUGUUGGCGUCAUGGACGGUUUGCGAACAGAAUCAGACGGCUCGUGAGUUAGAGAGAUCAAUUGGUGCUGGCGGAUUUCACAGGGUUAAAUCGUCGGACGGAGGAAACUACUCGAAUUUGAUGCGGCAGAACAGCUCUCCAGCUGGAUUCUUCUCAUGUCUCAACGAUGGAAACGGGAAAGCAGAUGAGAACUUUAAUGGCAAUAUUAGGGAAGAGAAUCAACCAAUUGCCAGGAUAAGAGAAGUAAAUUUCUCAUCAGCCCAAUGCUUUUCAUCAAGGUUUAUUCCUCAAAAUGAAGAGGAGGGUGUUAUGGAUAGUAAUCUAGAAAGACACUAUCUAGAAGAAAGUAGAAACAUCAAUGGAUAUCAUGUUCCAGAAGUAUUCCAGAGUGAUUCUUGGAUCAAUCCUUCCUCUACUGGAAAGAAAAGAAGAAGAGAAGGAAAUGAUAUGAACGAGAAUGGAAUAUUUAACCAUUCAAGCCAUCAAGAGACUUCAUCAGAGUGGUUGCAGUUUCAGCAAGAUUCUGUCCCCUGUAAGCUUCGUGCGAGAAGGGGUUUUGCAACACAUCCCCGUAGCAUAGCAGAAAGGACGAGGAGAACACGAAUUAGUGACAGAAUGAAGAAGCUGCAAGAUCUAUUUCCAAAUAUGGAAAAGACAAGCAUAUCGGAUAUGUUAGAUUUGGCAGUUGAACACAUUAAGAAUCUUCAAAAGCAUGUGGAUAUGCUAACAGACAACCAAUCAAGGUGCACAUGUUCGACUAGGCAGGCUUGACUAUGUGUAUAGGUAGCUGUAAGACCAUGCUGCGAUCAAAACCAUAAAUGGGAGGACCAUUUACUAGGAAACAUAAACAAGGCUGACCAAGAGUUCUAACAGCUUGACAACAUGCCUGGCUCGGGCCAAUGGGACUAAAUGAGACUACUGCCGGUCUGCAAGGGAUCAGUUGAAUCAUGGUCGAGAAGAAUGAUCUGGAACAGGUUUGGCUUUCGCCUUGAUCUGCUAGACAAACCAUUACCAACAGCAGUACUAAUGAAAAUGUGUUUGUAUCCUUAAGGAACUUCUUCAUUUCUCCUUCUCCUCUUCUAACACUAAGAAAUCUGGUAAAUUGGUAAUGGGUUUUACAUAAGGCUAUCAUGGAGUUAAUAAAAAGGUCAUCUUUUUGUGGAACCAAAAAAAAAAGAAAAGGCAUCAUGACU